GGAGCACGAAAAGCAGGAGAUGCAUAGAAAGGAGGGAGGUAAGGAGGAACGGGGAGGAGGAGGGGGAGAGAGCAUCGGUGCAGGGCCAGGGAGCGCUGCAGAUGCUGGAGGAGGCUGGGACACAGUCCCCUAGCCCUGGGCUUGGCGCCUCUGCAGCCUGACAGGAAGGUAGGUAGGGAGCACGGUGCCCAAUGGGCUGGAAUUUCAAAACAGAUGUUCUCUCUGACCUGCACCCAGGAAGCCAGGUCUCCUAGCAGGCUAUGCCUGAUGAUCUGGGAGGUUGGAAAGAAGGGAAGAGGGAGGCCUGCUUGGCUGGACUCCCAGGUGCAAGGGAGGAGGAGCUGAGGGCCUGGACCCCUAGGUCUGAGGGAGGAGAAAGGGGCUGGGGACCUGGAUCCCUGGGUCUGAGGGAGGAGGGGGCCAGGGAUCUGGACCCUAGGGUCUGAGAGAGGAUGGGCUGGGGGCCUGAACUCCUGGGUUCCUUAGGGAGGAUGGGCUGGGGGGCUGAACUCCUGGGUUCCUUAGGGAGGAGGGGGGCCGGGGGCCUGGACUCCUGGGUCCUGGCACCCACCCGUAGAACCGACCUUGCGGGGCCUUCGCCGCACACAAGCUCGUGUCUGUGGGUCCGUGUCGGGGGCUCGUCAUCGCGGCUGGGGCCUCCCCGGCCCUCCGCGCCCUCCCUGGCCCUCCUCACCCCAUCUGUCUGUCUGCUCUGUCCACCCGCCGCGCCCCCCGGGCUGAGGUAGGAGGUUGUAUAGUUGAGGAGGACACCCAAGGAGAUCACUAUACGGCCUCCUAGCUUUCCCCAGGCUGCGCCCUGCACGGGACGGGGCCGGUGGGACCCCUAGCCUCACCGCUGCCCCGGAGACCCUGGGAGGAGGAGUUGAGCUGUCCAUUAUCCCCUCCCUGCCUUCCUUGAAGUUUCUCUUCCAUCAAGAAAUCUAUUUUACUUUCUCUGUCUCCAUCUCUGCUGUGUCUCCCUAGCUUCUGCAUUUCUCUGCACCCUGGCCUCUGGGACCCUGUCUCCAUCUCUCUUACUCUGACUUCUUGCAUCUCUGAUUCUCCCCAAAUCUCUUCUUAUCUCAGUUUCUGGCUCUUUGGUCUUUCUGUCCUCUGGCAUUUUAAUGUCUCUAUGCCUACCUCCAUCUCUGGGCCCCAUCUCAAAGCCCACCACAGGGCCUGUUGGGGCCACCAUGUACCAUAUUGCCGGCCUCUGGGUCCCUGAGACCCUUUAACCUGUGAGGACGUCCAGGGUCACAGGUGAGGUUCUUGGGAGCCUAGCGUCUGGCUCAACCACAAACCUGGGGUUUGCAGUCCCAAUCCCUGACCCCUCACACCCUUCCUCCAGAGCCUGACAGUUGACCACCAACCAAAACUUGACCUCUGGCUCCAGGCCACUGGCCCCUCCCCCACCUCAGGUGACCUCAUAAAGGUCACCAUCUUCUCUCUGGGCCUUGAGACCCUCUAUGAUGGCCCUAUUUGCCUUGCCCGGAGCAGUCCCAUUUGCCCUGCUGGCCCUUGCGGUCCUCAGGGCACCGACUUGGGCCUGUCUCAUCUGCUUCACUACCCAUACAGAACGCCUCCACAUCUGCCAGAUGUUUGCUGGGAUGGACAACCCUGAGCUCAAGAGAUGCGAGAAGGUCUUUACAGACGCCUUCCAGGGCCUUGAAGACAUUGAAAUCAACUAUGAUGAGAGAAACCACCUGCAUGACGCCUUCACCCAGAUGACCCACUCCCUGCAGGAGCUGGCCACUGCCCACGAGUCUUUUGAGGUUGCCUUUUCUGAUGCUGCGGAGAAAAUGAAGGAGGUUAUUGAACAGCUUACAGAAGCCCAGGCCUGCAUCCCUCCCUGCGGACUCCAGGAGGCUUCCCGACGCUUCCGCUGCAGCGGGUGCUAUUCCAAGGUCUGCAACCUCCCGGUGGACUGUCCAGUUCGGGAUGUGACGGUGACUCGGGGUAACCAAGCUAUGUUUUCUUGCGUCGUGAACUUCCAGCUGCCUGAGAAAGAGAUCACCUAUUCCUGGAAGUUUGCAGAAGGUGGUCUCCGGACUCAGGAUUUGUCCUACUUCCGAGAUGUGCCGCGGGCCCAUGGAUAUGUGGCACGGAUCCGGCCGGCGCAGCCCAAGCACCGCGGGACUUUUUCCUGCUUGAUCACGCACGACCAGCGCCUCCUGGCGCGGCUGUACUUCUUCCUUAACGUGACGGGCCCGCCCCCGCGCGGCGAGACCGAGCUCCAGCGGACGUUCAAGGAGGUGCUGCGCUGGGCGCCCAGGGACGCAGAGAUGAUCCAGCCCUGGAGGCCGAGCCUGGGUGAGCUACUGGCCAGGCCCGAGGCUCUGACGCCGAUCAACUUACUCCUGCUCGCGACUGUCGCGGCUCUCGUAUCAGCGUCUGCGACCCUGUUGAUGUGUAUUUUGCAGACUCUGCAUCCCAGAGACCUACGGACGUCAGCCAGACCCAUGGAGAGACAUGGGAACAGAUCCAACAACCCUGAAACUCCUUAUCCAGGAAAUGUCACAAAUGAGAAGAUAAUUUCUGCAUCCCAAUUCUAUGCGCUCAUUCACUGCCAAUCGGCAGACCCAAUUCCCUAAACUUUUUUGCCUGCCAAACUAUCUUUAAAAACCUUUUUUCCCAAAUUCUCAGGGAGGCAGAUUUGAGAAAUUACUCUCAUUUCAUUUUGGGGGAACAUGAAA